CCUGCAUUCAUAUUCAUUUAGAUCUGACUGAGCUUUCGCUUAUUCCCCGACUACUUAACUGCUAAAGUGCUAAUAAACAAUAUGACCAUCGAUCAACCAACCAUUUUGCAGAAUAUCAUUAAAGAAAAUCGGAAAUUAUUGCAAGAUCAUUUAAAAAAUGUCUUAACAGUAGCGGAUCACUUGUUUGAACGGGGGCAUUUCAGAAGAUCGGACUACCAUGAAAUUGAUCAAGUGGAACUCGCAACUGAACGGUGUAACAAGUUUCUAGAUAUUUUAGUGUCAAAAAAUGAUGACACCGUUCUGGACGAGUUUAUCGAUUACCUCGGACAAACAAAAUCCAAAGCCAAUAACAAGGAGGAUAAAAGCGAAACUUUGAACGAUAGCGAGAAAGCUAAUAAUACGGAUUUAGCCUCGUAUGCAAUUCUGUUUGAAAAGUUGACACUUUCUCGAGAUAAAUUUGCCUCAAAAAUUUCCAAUGUGGAUGGCUCAACUACUCCAGCAGUUAUUAUUGAUUCUGCCGACUUUACAUUAACUCCAAAAGCUCUGGAUGAGAUUUGUACUCGGAUAAUUCUCAAAAAUGAGAAAGCAAAGAAAAAUUGGAGCAUCGUGAUUUCCAACAUGAACGGACUCGAGGACGUGGAAUUGCUAACGUAUCACGAAACAAGUGACGGGGAAAGGAACAGAUUUGACGAUGACAAUAAUUUACUUCCAAUGAAAAUGAGACUUCGGUUUAAAGGAGAACAUCAAACAAUACAAAAUUACAUUCACUGCAUAAACUGGGAGGAAAUCGCACAUAAAUGUUUUGCCUUGUGGAAAGAGAGAAAUGGUACAAAUGCUACUUUCUUCAGUCUCGUUGGAAUUUUUCAGCACAGUCAACUCACCGGAAUUGCAGAUUGGCUCCUGACCAAUAAGGAUGACAUCCAAAAAGGAAACUUUAGGAGAUAACAUGAGCUUGGAAAACUUUGCCACUAUAAACUGACUUGUCCCGUGUACAUGUACAUAUACAAAAUAUUCAUAGUUAGUAGAUACACACACAUACAUAUUUAUAUACUAAAGCUUAAAUUAAAGUUAACUUAUUGACUUAAUUUAAUUUGUCUUUGAAUAAUAAAAUGGCUAAUAAAAAUAGUGGUAAUUUUCCCGUUGUAAAA